AUGGUCGAGUUCAUUGUGUUCAAAGGCGGCAAGACAGGCAUCGUCAAAGCCACUUCCUGCCGCGAGAUUGGUCCGCACGAAGUUCUGGUGAAAAUAACACACAGUGGUCUUUGUGGCACGGAUCUGCAUCACAAAGCUAUGGAUAUGGGCCUCGGGCACGAAGGCGUGGGAAUCGUCGAGGAGAUUGGCGAGGAUGUUACGAUGCUCAAGACAGGCGACCGAGUUGGCUGGGGUUACCUUCACCGCGCCUGCGGGCAUUGCAAGCAAUGUCUUCGUGGCGCGGAAACAUUCUGCUCUGACCGCCAAAUAUACGGAUCAGCCAAUCUUGACCAGGGAUCCCUGGGAUCGCACGCCGUGUGGAGCGAGGACUUCUUGUUCAAAAUUCCCCCGGAGAUCAGUUUGGAGGACGCUGCUCCCUUGAUGUGCGGCGGGGCUACAGUGUUCAAUGCCCUCCAAUUCCACGGCGUCAAGAGCACGGAUCGUGUUGGAGUGAUCGGCAUCGGCGGGCUUGGACAUCUGGCAACUCAAUUUGCUGCUGCAAUGGGAUGCCAGGUUGUCGUCUUCUCUGGCACAGAAAGCAAGAAGGACGAGGCCGUGAGACUCGGGGCCAGAGAAUUCUGUGCGACCAAAGGACAGAAGGAGUUGAAGAUUUCAAAGCCGAUCGACCACUUGCUCGUCACGACUGCCACGCAACCGGAUUGGAGUAUGUACCUCCCCAUAAUGGCACCCGCGGGCACGAUUUAUCCUCUCACUGUCAGCUCUGAAGAUCUGAAGAUGCCGUACAUGAACAUAAUCAUGAGCGGUCUGAGGGUGCAGGGCAGCCUGGUGGCUGCUAGGGAAAUCCACCGGGAGAUGCUCGAGUUUGCCGCUGUCCAUGGCUUGAAACCUAUCAUUCAGACCUUCCCUUUGACAGAGAUUGGCAUCGAUGAAGCAUUCAAGACCUUGGAAAGUGGAAAAAUGCGAUAUAGAGGGGUGCUUGUGGCUUGA